AGUGUCAAAAAAAUCUGGGUCUGUUUUUUCCUGUAAAGCAGCAGCAGCAGCAGCACCGUGGAGAGAUCCGUCACAUGAUUGCAGUGAUAUGGAGCCUCAUUUCCUGACGGCCUGAGCUGGACUAAAAUAAAAUCGUAUCGAGUUAUCAGCUUAUCAGCGUGACAUCCAGCCAUGGAGAGAUUAGAAGCCACAUCAGAGCUCCAGUCGCGGCUGUCAUCGCUCUCCUUCUCAUCGUUCCCCGGACUCACAUCCAACCAGUGCGACGACAGACCGCUGGACAGGCUCCAGAGUACAGACCUUUCACAGAGUUGUAUCCAGUCCAUAAACCAGGCUGAUAUGGAUGAAAGCAAGGAGGAUUCAGGGCAACAUUGUGAGGGCAACGAGGAGGCCCCAGCAGAGCCGGCCCUGGGGGAAGGAGGCGAGGAGAACAACAGUGCUGGGAGCUGUCAGCCCUCCGCUGAGAUGAAAGCCCAGAUGCCACCCCUGAAACCCCCAACGACGUGGACAUCUGCUGCUCUGAAGGAGCUGAAGGCGAAGCUUCGAACGGAGGAUGACAGCAUGGUGACAGUGUACCGAGGAGACAUCAUGACAGUUCACGUGCCCACUGUCCCCGAGGCUAAGAAAGUGUGCUGGGAAUUUGCCACAGACGGUUAUGACAUUGGCUUCGGCAUAUAUUUUGACUGGACUCCAGUCACAAGCCGGUCUAUUACGGUGCACAUCAGUGAGUCGAGCGAUGACGAAGAGGAGGAGGAGGAGCUGGAAGGGCCCGUCACUAAUGGAGACAUCGAGAAGGGCUCCAAAACUCAAACCAAUUCUAACUUGGCUGAAAUCCUCCCUGUGUACCGCCAGGACAGUCACCUAUCCGUCCAGGGUGGGAGCCACGAUUUCCCAGGUGAAGGCACUUACCUCCUGAAGUUCGACAACUCCUACUCACUAUGGCGAAACAAAACUCUUUACUACAGAGUUUAUUACAGUGCCUGAGAUGCCAGUUUAUGAAUGUAUAUCAUUUACAGGAAAAAAUACUACUCUUAAGAACGAUGAACUAUUUUUGAUUCCGUACUUGGAAAAAAAGUUAUAAUAUUUAAAAGGUUAAAUAUAGGCAUAUCUAUUUUUUAUCACUAUCAGCUUGUGUCGCCACACGUUGAGUUUACGAUCAGAUAGUUUUUGAAUGCAGCAUUUGCUCCAAUGUCUCGCUGAUAGAUAUUUGAAGAAGCCUUGCAUAUGUGCCAUGUUCCUGUGUAUGCACUGUGCUAUUUGGUCAAGUGCCCGUCAUAAAGCAUUUAUUGUCUCCAGGUGUAACAUUUCUAUGGUAGCAGUGAUCAGGGAACACCUGUACAGGAUAUAUUUCACCAGGCCAGGUGCUAAAUCAGCAGUGCUCUAAAGAAAUGGAUUUUUGUUUUGUGUGUGUAUGCAGACACCGUCUAUGAUUAUGUUGCUUUGUUGUUGUCACGUGUAUUUAUCUUUCUGUAUCGUAACUUAUUUGUUUUUCUGUGUCAAAUUUGAUCAUGUGACGAUAUAAUUAUGUAAUGCAAAUACUGUGCACAGAGCUGUCUACUGUCAUAGUGGUGUGUCGGUAAAAGAUAUAAGAAUUGAAUGUACUGAAGUAAGUGGUAACAGUUUUCCAGAGUGUGCUUUUUAUGACACAAUCAAAAGCCAUCCCUUAUCACAUAAAGCUCUUAUUGUGUAAUAUAGAUUCAAUAUUUACAUUUGCCUCCUCCCCUCCUCCCUUUAAUUUACUGUAUCAGAGGCAAGGAGCAGUUAUGAUGUUCAUCUAAAUGUAUUUUGUGCACAGGUCUAUGUUGCCUUGUUUCAUCCUGUUUCCAAAGUCGAUACUUCUACCACACUCCAUCGUGUGCAUGUUCCCAAAGAUGUCACAGAUUUGGCUGCUAAUGCCGCACACAAUGUAAAACAGCCAGUUUAAAGCUUCCCAUGUUUGCUGUACUGUACCUUUACUGUAAGUUCUGAUGACAUUUGUUCCUGAAAUUUAUAUCCCACAAUAAAGAGAAGAUUAUCUACUUUU